AUGCUAUCAGCCGAUGAUAAUCCAUUAACAUUUUAUGUCAUCGUAUACAUACGAACUCCUUUCGAUAAAGUUCUUGAAAAAUUAUCAAAUUGUGCAUCUUCAUCGCCUUCACUUGUUGAUGUAAUGCAAGAAAAUCUUCAAGAACUUCAAUUAGAUGAAAAGUAUACACCACUUUUUAAUGCUGCACCGCAUACAGCUGCGUUUUUAAAUAAGAGAACGCAUGAUUCAACUAAAUUUAUCGGUGGUUUACGUCAAGCUCUUAAUGCUGAUUGGUCAAAUCCAACAUGGAAAUCAUGGGAUGAAAUCAAUACACUCUUUCGUCCGUUCAAACAACAAUUCGUAUAUGCAAUGAUGAGAUUUAAUUGUACUUGA